AUGAAGCUUCAUCCAGUGGUGAGCAGCUGCACUGCAGGAUGGAGAAGGAGAGGAAGUUCUUUGGGAACUUUUGAGAGUUUUUUUCCCAACUCUGGAGAAGAAGGGAAUCUAGUUCUAGAGGGGGGACGUCAUUGAACUUGGGGGGAAAACGCAAUUUCCAAACGUUGUUUGCUUUCUACAUCGUUUCGCUCAUGGAAAAACUGGAAAACGAGUGAACUUUCCUCCCCCGCGUCCCGAGGAAUACUUGACCAACCGACGGGGCGAUGAGAUGCGAGUGAGCGAUGCCUUGGAGAAAUGGACAGGCUGUAUUUAAGCGGAAACAUGGCGUCUGUCUCCCAAAGUUUGGAUUCUUUUCCAGUCUACUCUUUGCACUCUGCUGCCUCGAGGCGCUUUCGGGCGUCACGGGCGACGGGCGAGCGUGCAGUCCGUGUCCGGGGAACUGCUCGUGCGCGGCGGUGGGACCGCAAAACUUAUGCGUGGUUAACUGUUCGAACAUCGGACUGGAUCAGGCCCCAGCUGCGUCCGACCUACCGAGCGACACGCACACUCUAGAUCUUUCCAGAAACCACAUUCCCUCAGUGGACUCGAGUCUCUUUGAUCACCUCACCGCCCUCAAAGAACUGUAUCUUCAGAGUAAUCGUCUGGUCACUCUUCCUCAUGGGAUAUUUGGCUGUGGCCCGUUAGCUGUGCUAGAUUUGAGCAACAACCAGAUCACAACCAUCGAGGGAAGAAUAUGUGAUAAUUUAUUUAAUUUAACUACAAUAGAUCUGAGCUCUAACCCGUUUGUCUGUGACUGUAAGCUAGUGCGGUUGGUUAGCUGGUUGAAGGAACAAGGCGUUAGAGUGAAAAAACCCAACUCUAUGCUGUGUGAUCGCCCAGCAGAGGUGAAGAACCAACCACUGCUCAACGUCAGCGAGCACACCUGCGGCCUGAUGUAUGCGGGAUGUCUGCAGGAUGAGGAGCACGUGGGAGGCGUGGAGUUGGUCAUCUUCUCCUCCUCCACUCCUGGUCAUUUCUCACGUGAAGAGUGCAACUCGAAAUGUUUCCAUGAGAACCAGCGUUACGGCGGUUUGGGUCAGCAGAGAGAGUGUCUGUGCAGCACAAACUCUGAGCCCAACCACAUCAGCGAGUCGCAGUGCUCAGCCGCGUGUUCUGACCCACUGGUUAUGAAGGAGUGCCGCUGGACUGUGGCACACGAUGUGUUUCAGGUGAAUUUCUCAGCCUAUCUUCCAUCUCGCCGCGUAUCCGUCCACUCUGAGGCUCUCCUAUCCGUCGCCUCCUCUGUCUACCCUGUGUCUCUCUCAUGGGACUUCGGUGACCUUUCACCUCGGGUCAACACCUCUACACCCAACACGACAGCGAGGCAUAAGUACGGUCACCCUGGAAAAUACCAGGCCCAGGUGAGUCUUUCCGCAGGCCACCAGGAGAUCAUCGCACAGGGGAACGUGAGUGUAGAACUACCCCCUCGACUGGAGCUCCACUGCCCAUCAAUGAUCGUAGUCAAUCAGAGCCUGGAGGAGGCGGUGAGUCUGGUGAACUGGGGCGGAGUGGGCGUGACUGUGGACUGGCAAAUCAGGAAGGAUAGGAGAGAGAUCGCAAGAGCGGAGCCGCUGUGUUUGCCAGGUGCGAUCCAUCACGCUGACUCAUCCCGCUGUUUCCUGUUGGUGUCGGAAGAAGUCAGCUGGUCAGACGCACGGCGCAAUUGUUCUGCUCGUGGGGGAGAACUCGUUGUGGUGCAUUCCCAAAACGUACGAGACCUUCUGGCCCCUCGAAUCACACAGGAGCGUGGUGUGUGGUUGGGUUUGAGUGAUAAAUACUCUCCUCGUGUUCUGCGCUGGGUGGACAAUUCUGAGUUUCGGGCGGGUGAGGAGGGCGUGAGAGACCGAGCCAACCUGCAGCCGGGAAAUGUUUGUGUCUCGCUGGACAACAGUGGGCAGCCCAGCUCACACUCCUGUACCGCUAAACGUGCUUUUGUCUGCCAGUUCACUCGCCAAGUGCGUGUGCAUGAUGCAGGUGUGUAUAUGGUGGGCACCGCUGUGUUUAAUAUCCAGAGAUCAUUGAGCAACCCAACAGCAUCACAGACAUGUCUACCCAACACACCGGCCAACAGUGUAGAGCUGUUGCUCUUCCCUGGUUUGAGUUUUCUUCAAGCGGGACGACUAUCUUCUCUGGAGCUGAUCACUCAGUCUCUGAGCUCACACACACAGCUGCGCUUUCAGGUGUACCGACCACAGUGCCCGGGAUUCACACGCCCUCUGCUGCCAGGUUGCAGUGACUUCUGUGCCCCCAUCACUGUUUGCCAGCCCCCUGAUAACUGGAUUAAUGACACGUCCAUUCCGCCAGCAUCUUCAUUGUGCCCUGCGGGACGCCAGUACUGCCCAUAUUCUAAGGAGUGUCUGCCUCUUUCCAGCCCAUGCCACCCCAUGCGCUGUGCCAACUGCUCUGGGGUCGACCCUCUGCCUGCAGGCACCCUGUACCCCUAUUACAGCCUUGUAAGGGAGGUGCUGUUAACCCUACCACCUGGCCCCUCCACUCACGUCCUGGCCCUGGAGGAAAUAGAGGACCUGCUGGUUGCCCCUGGCGACUUCCUUGCCCUGCAGCACGAUGCUGGCCCAUCAGGGCUUCUCCAGUGCUCAUCAGACCCCUCAUCGCCGUGGAAACAGGAUGUGCUAAUCCAAAACCGCUCUAACUGGUGGGUAGCAAAUGAGACAUUGGAGGUGAAAGGAAAAGGAAGCUGGGAGGAGGGAUUGGUAUGCCAGCUGAGAGUGCUCUACAUCGGGCAGAACAACACCAAAUUGCAGGGUCCCUUUCUUCGUUCAGGGCUUCCACAGCCCGGUAACUACAGUUUGGAAGUGACAUCCAAUGAUAAAGAUUUUCCCAUAACAGCAUCCUGUCCAAUCCAUGUCAUCCCACCUUUGGGCCUCACCGUGAUCCAUCCGACCAAUCACAACGGUACGGUGUACUUCCUGCCCAAUCAGACGGCAGUUCUCGUUAGGGUGCGCACUCAGCACAGCGUACUGAUUGGACGGCAGGGUAGCAAUAUGACCGCACCCUUUCAUAGCUCCUGUCCACAGAACUUGCAGGCUAAGGUGGCUGAAUGUAGGCAACCCGACCCAUUCAAUGACACCAUGUUUGCGUGGGUCGACCUCCAGCUUGGGACCACACCAGGCCAGACCACCGUGGUGCUUCGAGCCCAGAGUAAAGUUACCGAAGCAGUGCUCCAGAUUCAGGCAAGGGUGCAAGAGCCUCUCCGAGGACUGGUCGUUCAACCCCAUCCUGCUCACAGAGUCCUCAUGGAAUCCGUAGUGAGUUACAUGGCAUCUGUGGAGGAAGGUACAGACCCCUCCUUCAGAUGGACAGUGGAUGAUAAACCAUAUUUCACAUACUACAACAGCAUGCUUAACAUCAUCUAUCAGAAUGCAGCUGUGUAUAAGCUCACGGUAACAGCUAUGAACCAAGUUAGCACUUUGACAGAGCACUUCAACGUGACAGUGGACCGUAUGAAUAGUAUGACUGACUUUACCAUCCGUGGAAUUCCUGAAAUCGUGUGUCAGGGGUCACCUCUCAACCUCUCUGCCUCUGUGAAGAUCGAUGUGGCUGUGGAUGUCACAUUCUGUUGGCUGUUUGGAGAUGGAGGGAACCGCACACGUCAUUUUAAGCCUCCUUAUGAUCACUCCUCUAGUAACCAGGUGGUGAUUCAUGACCAUGCAGAAUACGUUUAUUCCCAGCCAGGGGAAUACACGCUUUUAUUCUCUGCUUCCAAUCACUACGAAAACAAGACAUGCAAGUUUGACGUCUAUGUCUUUAGCAUUCUGACAGAUGUACAAAUUGAGACCAACCCACAACUUCUGCAUGCUGGAAAACUUGGAGAAUUUGAAGCCCACCCCUUACCAUCUCCUUACGGUAUCAUUUACUCCUGGAACUUCGGUGACAAUUCGAGUAUACGGCAGGGCCGUGAGCGCAGAGUUCCUCAUGCGUACGCUCACAGCGGUGUCUACACCAUCUGCGUGAAUGUUAACAACACCAUCAGCUGGACAGACACAUGUGCGGACAUUAUCGUUUACGAGGACGUCAAGGGCUUGAAGGUGACUUCAUCAGCUCCCACAGAACGAAACACACCUACUGUUGUCACAGCGAGUUUGGAAGCAGGCAACAAUGUAACGUGGAGCUUUGACAUGGGCGAUGGCACUGUACACACAAUUGUGGAUCCCCAAGUUGAAUAUACAUAUCGAAAAGAUGGCAACUACACCGUCAAUGUCACAGCUAUGAAUGAUGUGAGCUUACAGUGGGUAACCAUACCUGUUGAGGUGUUUGUGCUACAAGUGUUAUCGCUAGAACCUGCUGGGUGCGUUCGAGAAAACGAAGAGGUCAGCUUUCAUGCGUUUGUGUCAGGGAAUGCUUCGGGACAUCAGUAUGUGUGGAGUUUUGGAGAUGGAAGCCCCAAUGAGACUCAAUAUGGAGCCCCGGCAAUAACGCACUCGUACGUUAAGAGCGGAGAGUACCACCUAUCGCUGCUCAUGUCAAGUGAAGCUAACAAGGCCAAUUUUUUCACAAGAAUUUGUGUCCAACCUAAAAUCACAACAGUGUCUGUGCUUCCUCACAGAAAACAUGUCAAGUUUGGCGAAGAGAAUAGAUUCACUGUAACCGCUCUGCCAGAAUUUAACUACACGUACCUUUGGGAUUUUGGGGAAUAUGAGUCUACACAUCCUAUUCGUGGUGGAAAGGACAUUGGUUUUACUUACAAGAGUCCCGGACAAUAUCAAGUAACAGUUACUGUCUUUAACAACAUCUCCUGUAGCAACAACUCAGUUUCAAUUGAGGUACAGCAGCCUGUUGACUUUUUGUUGAUAAAUCAUAAUGGCGACAAAGGUAACAACCUCGCCUUACACAAAGACUACAUUUUUAUCGCCUCUUCAGACUCUACAAAUGUUGCCUACAUCUGGGACUUUGGAGAUGGGACUCGACUCAUUGGGACAAGUGUAUCACAUGCUUACAAAUCUUCUGGCAAUUUCAACAUCAGUGUUACAGGCAAGAAUGACGUGAGCGAGACUAAAAAUUACAUUUCUGUGGUGGUAUUAGCACCCAUUAAAGGGCUGUCAGUGAAUGCUAGUCUUGUCAAUGUUCCUCUUAACGCUUCAGUCAACUUUGAGGCACACCUUGACCAAGGGGACAAUGUUCGGUAUUUUUGGAUUCUUUGUGACCGGUGCACUCCUAUCCUAGAAACUCACACCAUGUUCUACACCUUUCGCUCCGUUGGGACUUUCAACAUCAUUGUAACCGCUGAGAAUGAUAUUGGCACGGCUCAAGCCAGUAUUUUCAUCUAUGUACAGCGCGAGUUAGAGGGCUUGCAGAUAGUGGCUGAGGAGCUUAGCGAAGGAUGCUGUUUUGCAACCAACCGUGUCCUUCACUUACAAGCUUCAUUGAAAGAGGGCACCAAUAUGACCUUCAGCUGGAACCUUCUGAGGGAACCUGAGAACCGUGACCUCAACCUCACUGGCAAGACCAUAGACCUCAAUUUUUCCACCCCUGGUCCCUGUGAGGUGCUCCUCAAGGCAACCAACUUGCUCGGCCAGCUGGCGGUAAACAGAACUAUUGAGUUUCUUGAACCUGUAAGGGAGUUGUUCCUAGAGUCUUCUCCAAACCCUUCUGCUCUGAAUGCCAUAGCAAACAUGACCAUAUCGGUACGUUUUGGGACUGACCUACAUUAUAAAUGGUGGGCUGAUGGUGAGCUAUUAACAUUUGACAUGCCCUCUGUCAUGCACCGUUUUAAAAGCGCAGGUUUGAAAUUGGUUACAGUGGAAGUUUCCAACCAAGUCAGCUCAGAAAAUGUCUCAAAGUGGAUCCGCAUUCAAGAACCUAUCUCAGGAUUGACCUUCACCACCACAAAUGUUACCGAGCAGAACUUUGUAGCAUCAGGGCUCAAUGUUUCCAUGCGUGGAGAAACACAGACGGGAUCCAACAUUUCAUGGAUGUGGUUAUUGCCAGAUGGCACCAAAUCAAACCAGCGUACCACCUCCUACAUCUUUCCUAAACCUGGACUCUGCACUGUCGCUUUGAACGCCACUAAUGAUGUCAGUGGCGAAGUGCUUUUACAUGACUUCACCGUACAAGACCGUAUCCAGGGUCUGGAGCUUAGGGCCAGUAAACAAAUCGCUGCAGUUGGAGAGAAUGUGGAGUUUACCAUAUCUGUCUCUUCUGGAACUUCUGUCAACUUUAUCCUGAGCAUCAGCGGUGAUGCAACUGUUGUUCUGAACAAUCAAACGUACAUCCACCAGUUCACCACUGUGGCGAAGUACUAUGUCAACCUUACGGCGCACAACCAGGUGAGUUCAGAGCGGAAGACUCUGCACAUUGAAGUGAUGGAACCGGUCACCAAACUGAGCAUACUGGACUGCUGUGAUGCAGCCAUACCUGUAGGAGUAACUCGGUCUUAUGUAGCGAGCACGCCGACACGUGAACCACUGACAUUCCUGUGGACUUUUGACCUUCAUCAUGGUGCCAAGACCACGCUGGUUGGCAGAUCUGUGACAUACACACCAGAUGAGCCAGGAAAUCUGACCAUAUUCCUGAGAGCUUUCAAUUCCCUGAAUGGUCUAAAUGUGACCAAGGUUAUACGAGUUCAGAACAGUAUCAAAUCGUCCAUCUUGGAUGCUCAGCCAAGCGACACUUUUGUAAACAAGACAAUCAGCUUCCAUGUGGGCAUCACUCCUGUUUCGACCUCUGCGACUUAUCAGUGGGACUUUGGGGAUAGUACCUCUGUCGCUAUCACAACCACACCUUUCCAUAACCAUAUCUAUUUCCUCCCUGGUCACUAUGUGGUGCGAGUCAAUGUUAGUAACCUGGUCAGCUGGACAACUGCACAAAUUGAUAUCAACAUCUCUGUCCUAAAGUGUGACGAACCAGAAGUUCAGAUUAUUCAAGCUCCACGACUCGCCAUCUGGCGUUACCAGCCAACCUUGGUAGAAGCCAAUGUAAACUUGAAGGGUUGUGCCCUCUAUGGGGUCGAGUACCUUUGGGAGAUCCUUACCUCUCCUCGUUGUCAAGAUUAUGACAAGAAAGGGCCUCCACCUUCUAAGGUCCAUCUCCCAGCGGAAGUCAAUGUUCGGAGGCUCCAACUUUCAGUGCCCAAGAUGUCGAUUUCAGCUGGGAACUACACUCUUGUGUUUUCUCUUUCCUAUGAGGGAGUGCCACUCAGGAAGGCAGCCUGUCUGCAGCUCUCGGUGAUGUCCAAGAAGUUGGUACCCAUCAUUGAGGGUGGAACCUACCGUGUGUGGUCAAAAACUCAGGAUCUACAUUUGAGUGCAGAGCAAUCCUAUGAUCCCAACCUGGACCCAGAGAACCAGUCCCUACUCAACUACCACUGGGAAUGUGUGAGCACUUCAAAGGGCCCGGCUCACUGCUCUACUCUGAAUUUCGGGUUGGGUCCCAGCGACCCGGUUCUGGGCAUCUCUGGGUCCGAGCUAGAGGUGGAUGUUGAGUACACAUUUCGUAUGACCGUCAGCAAAGAGGGCAUGACCCCAGAAUCCACAACGCAGACGGUUUGUGUUCAGAGCGGUCGUAUCCCGAUGGUGUCGCUCGAGUGUGUCUCGUGUAAAGCUCAGUCUCGUUAUGAGAUCAGUCAGAGCACGUAUGUUUACUUGGCUGGCACCUGCAUUAAUUGUCACAGUUCACACCGAGGGCGAUGGACGGCGAUGACCCGUCGGAAUGAUACACUAGUGUUAGAUCUGAACACCACCACCACAGGCAGUGACAGCAUGCACCUGGUGCUGAGACAGGGCAUCCUUCACAACGGAGACUCCUACAUAUUCAGCCUCCAUGUGACAGAUGAUGAAAUGGACAGGGAGGGUGUGGCCUAUAUCGAGCUCCACCCCAAUCUGCCUCCAGCAGGGGGUGCAUGUUCUCUGUGGGCGGAUGGGGAGGGGCCUCAGGUGCGCACGCUGCUGGAUAGAGUGCACUUCAAUUGCUCAGGUUAUGCUGAUUUGGAUGAGAUGGAGUCUCCUCUGGUGUACAGUCUUUUGGUGGCGCGUUGUUCAGGACUGUACUGUGAGGAGUUCUGUGUGUAUAAGGGCACCAGUCCAGAACAUUCUGCCUUCCUGCCCCCUGGAUUCAGCAAAGCCCAGGACAGAGUGUCUGCUUUUGUCAUGGUGGAAGACCACCAGGGGGCGUCAGUUACUGCAAUCAACAUGACGAUAGAGGUGGUUUUGCCGCAGGUUCCCGAAGGUUUCAGCAGUCUUCCUCAUUGGCUGAGUAAUCUCACUGACUCCAACCUCAGGGAGCUGCUCCGACAGGGAGACUCACAGAGAGUGAGGGAACUGUCUCUCGCUCUCAUUACUGUUCUUAACAAGUAUGAGCAGGGUGUAUCGCGCAGGCGUGAGCGUGUGUCAAAGGCUGAGCGUCAGUAUAGAGUGAGCGUAAGAGGAAACAUCACACGAGCUCUGACGUCACUGGACCUGACCACCGUCAACGACAUCCAGCAGACAUCAGCAGCCCUCGCUCAGUGCACGGCUGUGAGUCGAGAGUUUGUUUGUGAAGAGUGUCAGAACAGCACGCUGGAUAAACUGGAGUCGAUGUUAGAGAUUCUACAGACAGACACUAAACAGGGGACAGUCACCCCUACUGAGAUUGCAGACAACAUCCUCACUAUCAUGGGUGACCUGAUCCACCAGGUGAGUCAGGCCACCUCCUCUCCGCCUCCGGAAGCCGAUGACCACUACGGUGUCUCUUCCCAGUCUCCGUUUCUCUUCCAGGAGCAGCAGCAUCAUCUGUUGCGUGUGGCCGCAAAAGCCUACUCCCUCUCAUCUGUACUCAUGAGAAUCCUCAUGCUCGCUCGCGUUCUCAACGAAGAGCCUCUGAUCUUCCGCGGAGCCGAGAUCAGAGCCGCCGGCAAACGUGCCGACCCGCAGAGCCUGCUGUGUUACGGCAAGAGUGAUGCACACGAGUGCCGCCAUUUCUCCAUUCCUCGCGCGUUUAACACCAGUCUGGGACGUGCAGCAGGGGCCGCACAGGUCCAAGGAGCCAACAGUGAAGAUGGAAUCGUACAGUUGCUGUUUCAAAUGGAGCCAAAUCCGUUUCCGUUCAAUUACGUAGCGAAUUACACAGUGUCUACAGAGGUAGCGUCUAUGGAGUUCCGAACCGUAAAUGGCACGCAGAUUCCGAUAUUGGAUUUGGACGAGAGCCAAGCGAUAACGGUUGCGGUUAAUAACGGAAGCAUGGCGGGGCUGGACGCUAACGGAAUGGAGGCCAUCUUGCCACCAGCGGGAGCUGAGAACAUCAGUCGCUGCAGUUCUGUUAUUGUGAGGGUGAGCACCAGGAACGCCAACAAUCAAGCUGGAAUCUACGUACAACUCAACUUCACCGUAAUUGAUGAUUCUCCAGAGAAGGUGGAAUUGGAUCCAUGGAUUACAGCCUAUCUGCACACCUCCGAAUGGCCCAAUGAAUUCAACAGCACUGACAGGAAACGCAUCACACUCAGUAUGACAAGGGGGCGGGACUUGGACCACAGACGCUACACAUUCUUUCUGUCUCCAAAUCUCUAUGACACCACGCGUGAUCACUUCAUAAACGUGUCUACGAGCUGCGGUGCAGAUUACCCAAAUAUGAUCCGUUUGGAGGUGGCCGUGUUCACGUCUUUGUGCCAGUACUUCAGCGAGAGUGCGAAACAGUGGCGGACGGAUGGCAUGAUUCCUCUUCCCGAGACCAGCGUAGGCCGAGCCGUUUGUCGCACACGGCAUCUUACUGCAUUCGCCGCCAGUCUGUUUGUUGCGCCUGACGCCGUUUCCUUCAUCAUUCCUGAACGUUCUGUGGGUCGCAGUUUAGUGGUGGUGUUGGUGUGUGUGAUUGGACUGUUGUGUUACGUUGUGGCCGGUGCUAUUCUGCGCAAACUGGAUCAGAUGGACUUGAGACGGGCCUCGGUGGUUCCGCUGUGUGGAAAGGAUGGACUGUACAAGUACGAGAUCCAGGUGAAGACCGGCUGGGGCUAUGGAGCAGGUACCACAGCCCAUGUUGGCAUCAGCCUCCAUGGCAGCGAGAGUCGCAGUGGACACAGACACCUGGACAGCGUUGGAGCGUUCGCUCGCAACAGCCUGGACAUCUUCCACAUCGCCACGGACACAAGUCUGGGCAGCGUGCUCAAGAUCCGUGUCUGGCAUGACAACAAAGGUCUCUCUCCUGCUUGGUUGCUCCAGUAUGUUCUAGUGAAGGACCUGCAGUCUGGCAGUAGUUAUUUCUUCCUGGUUGAGGAAUGGCUCUCAGUUGAUAACGAGAAAACUGAUGGCAGAGUGGAAAUAGAAGUGGAAGCCUCAGAGGAGGCAGACCUGCGUCACUGGCCCCGCCUACUGACCUGGGAGCUUCAGAGAGCAAUGUGUGAGAGCCAUGUUUGGGUUUCGCUAUGGGAACGACCUCCACGCAGUCCCUUCACACGGCUGCAGAGGGUGACCUGCUGCUCGGUGCUCAUGCACCUUUGCAUGCUCGCCAACACUGUGUGGUAUGGCACCGUCGCCUAUGGCAACAGCUCUACACCGGUGUCUACACAAGUCUCGUUGAAUGAGGAGACUGUUUGGGCGGGUCUUGUGAGCUGUCUAUUAGUGUAUCCUGUCUACCUACUCAUAUUCUGCCUGUUUAGACUGAGCCGUAGCAAGGUCUCUGUGGAGCAGUUACCUCCUCAAGUGGACCAGGAGUCUUUGGAGAUUGAUGACUUCCUGGAUAACUCGCUGACAGGAAGCUCUUUUCUGAUGUUCAAUGGAAUUUCUGGAGAGACAUAUUCAGAAGAGACCAACAUUGACCUGCCCACUCCUUCCACUAAGAGUCUACAGAGGUGGAGUGUUCCGGACUGUGAUUGGCCGGAUGUGUUGACAGAUCCGUCUGUAGAGAUGGGGCCGGUGUUUCCUCCACGGCUGAAGAGAGGGCAGGGCAGCAGACAUCUGGGCGUGGACAUCACCUUCAAUCCAGACGAUGACGACACCGUGUGUCACAACAGCCACAGGAACAAAUAUUUCUCUUCUUCAGAUGAGGACCUCAUCAAGCGGAUUUUAGCUGAUGGUCAGCUUCUGUCCCAGACUGACAGUGAUAUGGGUGAUCUCUCCAGUAUAUUUGGCGAUAAGACGGAGGUGAUUCUGCUACAGAAGAUGAAUGAACCUGUUCUUCCUGCGGGAAUAAGACGAGACCCGCCCAAAACUGCCUUCACGUCUCGCACAGUGGUGACGGAUGUGUGCAGGCCAAGACCGUUUCCUCCUCUAUGUGGAUUGGCUGCUCUGUGGGGCAGCUGGGUCGGGCUUAUCCUGUCAAGCAGCCUAUCAAUGUGGUUGGGACGGAGCUUUAGUGAGGGUGUGGCUUUGAUGUGGCUCAUCUCUUGCAUUGUCAGUUUCCUGUCGUCGUUCCUCAUUUUCGAACCUCUGAAGGUGUUGUUAGAGGGGGUGUAUUUCUCUCUGUUUGUGCAUCGUCUGAGAGCAGAAGAGCAGGACGUGUUGGUGGAUUGUCCACGUGUGGAGCGGGUCGUUCAGCGGAUCCCGAGAGUGAGACCGCCGCAGGGAUUCGCUCUGUCACAUGCCAGAGAGGAAGCAUGCAAAGUUCGUCUGCUACACACCAUGCUGAAGGGCUUUCUGAUCUACAUGCUGUUCCUGCUGGUGGUUUUACUGCUCAACUACUCCGAUUCGGCCAAAGACGCCCACCGCCUGCGACUGCAAACUCAACUGCAGAACUACUUCCACACACAACACUUCAACAACAUCAGCAGUCGUGAGGAUGUGUGGGCGUGGCUCUCAGACUCCCUGUUACCACGGUUACUAGAUGGGCAUGUCCUGAUGAAGAAGACAGGCAGUCUGCUGCUCGGACAGCCCCGCCUCAGACAGCUGAGAACACAGCCAGAAUGCCCCAUCAGUGGAUAUUUCCCGUCAUCCUCGUGGUUUGGGUGUGUCUCUGGCGGGUGGGCGGAGUCAGACUCUGGAUUGGUGCGGAACUGGAGUGUCAGUACAGCUCACAGCAGCGGUGUGUGGCACUGGGGUCAGGUGUCAGUGUACAGCAGCGCUGGAUUUGUGCAGAAUCUCAGCAGAAAGAUGCAGGACUCCAGAAAUCUGAUCAAACAGCUUAGUACACACCAGUGGCUCGACCCGCUGACGAGAGUUUUAUUCGUGGAGUUCUCCCUCUAUAACAUCAACACAGAUCUGCUGGCCGUCUUCUCUUUCCUGCUGGAGUUUCCGGUGUCUGAACGAGCUCAGCUGAGUUUGGACCUCAAAACCUGCAGUCUACACACGCUCAGUCAUGGAAUGGACCUGUCCCUGUUUCUCACGCUCCUCCUUUUGGUCUUUGUGAUCUAUUUCGCGGCACGCGAGGGCGCGGCUGCUCGGAAACAGGGGCGUGGCUACUUCCUGCGUUUAUGGAACAUAGCAAGUGUUUGCAGUCUGGUGUUAGCGAUUUGUGUCGCCUCUCUACACAUCAGUCGCUCCGUGCUCUCUGCCCGCCAGUGGAAGUCAUUUCUCAAGCAACGGGAUGCUUUUACAGACUUUUUUCCCCUCGCUCAACAGAGCCAGGUCCUGACUCAACUCAGCGCAACAUUACUUUUCCUGCUGGUGCUCAAGGCAUCACACCAGCUGCGCUUCAUGAGAGAAUGGGGCGUUUUUGGAAGAACGUUGAGGAGAUCUUUCUGGGAGCUGCUGAUGGUUGCUGUCACUCUGCUUGUGUUCCUGUUGGCAUACUCGCAUACUGGACACCUGCUUUUCCAGUCUGUCAUGGAGGGCUACGGAACUGUUAGCUCCACUUGCGUGAGGUUACUAGGCUCUGGUGGGCGUGGACUGUUGUCAUGGCGACCUGACAGUGGCUCCUCCCCCUGUUCUCCAUCAUGUGCUAUCUUUCACAUAACCUUUACUCUCCUCCGUCUCGUGUUGCUUUGGCUUUUGAUAUCGGCGUUGCUGAGAAACUACCGGCGUGCAAAAGCGGAAAUGUACCGGCCCGCCGUUGACCUGCAGGACUACGAGAUGGUGGAGUUGUUCCUGCGACGACUCAAAAUGUGGAUGGGUCUCAGCCGUGCCAAGGAGUUCCGGCACAAAGUGCGAUUCGAGGGUAUGGAGCUCCCUCCCUCACGUUCUUCUUCAACUAGUGACUGCAAGUCCUUGUGUCUUCCACCUCUGGACACGCCUGAGGCUCCUCCAACUCCCGACAGUGUUGAUGGAGGUUCUGAGGCCUCCUGGCGGCCCACAUCAAGCAGUCCUUGCAGUCUGGCUGAAGCUCCAGGUCUAGGACUAGGCCUCACCUUGGGCCUGGGAGUGGUAGUUGGAGGCCAAGGCUGGAAAGAGAGAGCAGAGAUGGAGGCAACUCUCCACAGGAUCCUCCCUGCUUUUGAUGCUUUGCUCUUGCAGUUGGACCGGGUCAACUAUGCCACAGAGGAACUGUAUCGCAAAGAGUGCCGUCUAGAGAGGAUGCUGAGGAGGAGCAGAGGAAGAGGCAGAGGGGUACAUCACCACAGAAGUCUGGACUCUGCAGGACAGAAGAGACAUGGUAGGGGACACAAGAGGGCAGACAGGAGUACACAAGUGGUAGAAAGAAGUAACAGUCCACCGAAAACUGAAAUAAGUGCACCUACAUCAGAGAGACAUCUUCACAAGAAGGACAGAAGAUCACAAAAAACAGACAAGUUCUUACAAAUGAAUCUACCCACAAGCCCCCACAAGGUAGAUUCAAGUCCUCAUAGGACUGAUAAUUGUCUCCAGAGGGUACAAGAAAGCACUAGUACCAUGGUGACAGGUGUCAGAAAGACUGAAAAUGACACUCACAAGGUACAAGAAAGUCCCAGUACCGUGGUGGGAAGUUUCAUCAAAACUGAAAAAGACCCUCUCAAGGUACAAGGAAGCACCGGUACCGGGGUGGAAAGUGUCAUCAAAACCGAAAAAGACCCUAUCAAGGUACAAGGAAGCCCCAGUACCGUGGUGGGAAGUGUCAUCAAAACCGAAACAGACCCUAUCAAGGUACAAAAAAGCCAUAAUACUGUGGUGGCAGGUUUCAACAAGACUGAAAAAGACCCUCACAAAAUGGAUUCAAGUCCCCUCAAAGCAAAAUUACAAGAGGCGGAACCUAAUCCACACAGGGCCCACAAGGCAGACAAAGCUUCUCAUAAGGUAUUCGCGACACCAAACAAGGUCAAUCCAAAUGUUCUAAAGGACUCCGAGAUUGUUGGCUGUGCCAAAAAACCUGCCCCCACUCUGGCCCCUACCCCUGUUCCCACUCCAAUGUCUGCACCCUCGACUGCUCCUGUUUCUGCCACAACUACCCCAGCACCAAUCCCUCGCACCCACGAGUGGGUUCCCCCCAGCGAGAACCUCCCUUCCAGCGUAUUUCGGCACCCUGCACACACUACUACAAAUCCUACCCGUAAACGCAAGCACAAACCUCCGCCCCUGAAAAACAAGGUGCACCCCAAUACAGACAGACCUAUCUCAGGACACUCCAAGCCUUGACAAUCCAAGGUUCAAAUCAUCAGUAUGCAAGAAAUGGCAAAUGAUGUGAGUUUUAGGAAUUGACAUAAAAGGCUAAGAGACUAAAGGGAUGUUGAAGCACAUGGGUUAUGGUUAGUCAUGAGGAAAUUAAAGAAGGCCCUGGUGACAGCAGGUUCUGUAACCAGGCCCUCAAGUUUUAGCCCUACUUUGGCCUAAAAUUCCAACCUACAAGCCUUUUAAUUGGUAACACCUUAUUUGAAGUCUCAAAAUCAACACAUCUGUGAUGGAAACUAGGUGCAGGUCACCAUGUUUUUUUGCGAUCCUCAAGAAGUUCCAUUUUAAUGCAAGUCGCCAUUUUCCCUUCCCUCUCACGUGACCUCAGUCCAACCCUUUGACCCUGGAGGUCAGCUGGGUUGAAACCGACAAGAGCACGUCUUGUGCUGUCAUACCAAAAUGAACUCUUAAAAGAGCGUGAAGUGACAAUAAGAGACUACAGCAGAAAGCCUGUUAAUGUAGGAUGGCUAGCGCUUGAUGGUAUUUUCGUACAGUGUUUUGAGUUAUGUUUAAUGAAUUGUGUUUAUUUUUGUGUUUUUGUUGAUGGAAGCUAAUGUAAGGUCAUGGGUUUAUCGUGCAUCGAUUCAAACAUAGGUACAGCUUAUUCAGAGGGGCUCACAGUGACAAGUUCACAGACAUAAACAUAAACACACACAGACUUAUAGGUACAUAUUUUUAGAUGCCAUUACAUGCCACCGUUAUAAAUGUAGAGCGACGCUUAUAUGUACUUAUGCAUAAUUCAUGCUUAAUAUAAUGGCAUGUUACUGAAAAUAGACACAUAAACACCUAUCAUAAAAUAAAUGGACUUUUAAGAUUUCCCCAGCCACACUUAAACACACUUAACAAGAGGCCAUCAGGGUGCUAAAAAAAUAGUAAAGCCUCAGGAUUUUUUAUGUUUCUUCAACAUAAUUUCACGUCAACUUCAUUUUGAUGUUAUAGAGCAUUUCUUUGCGCAAAACGCACCAGAGGGCAAGUAAGAUUAGACUAAAAUAGAGAGAUAACUGAAAGAAGAGAGAGUGUGACAGGAUGUUGGUAUUUAAAGAUAGGUAGGAUAUGAAAUAAAAAGGCUGAAAUUGAGAAAUAAAUGGAAGCUAUUGGAAAGUAGAUGAAGGUACAUCCCUCAUUCAAGCACAAGUCCCUGAAUUUUCUGAAUGGAGAUUUGUGGUUUCUCAAAACAAUGUUCCAUAAAGCAUUAUUAUUACUAGAAGUAGUUUGUCAAUGAAAAAAUAGCGUAUGUAAUAUUUACGUUGGUGUUUGUUGUUGCCUGAAUCUAAUUUAAAAAAAGCACUUUGUAUUGAUGUAUAUGAAUGAUUGUGAUUGCAUCAGAGCGCAAUUUAGUUUGAAUGUGUUAUUGAAAUGGCAAAUGUUUAGCAACAAUAAUACAAAUAAGCUUGGUACGAAGAUUAAGAGAUAGCUACAACAGAAUUACUCUCCGUAUAGAUUUUCCAAAGCUUGCUAUUCAAGUAUCAAGAGAUAACUUAAUAAAAUUGUUUCUUUUGUACUUAGCACUUUAUUUCAAUGUCAAGCUUUAGUGCUAUGCCAUAUUUAACUAGUAUGUAUGUUUCUUUCACAUAAAACAGCUUUCCAGAAGUAUUCUCUUUUGAGUAUUAUACAUGAGCUGCAUCAGGAUAUUAAUUGCCAUUAAUGGUCAUUUAUUUGUUUUUAUAGUGUGUUGUUUUUAUUUGCUAUUUUGAAGUACUAAGAUUUAUUAAUUAACAUGUUUACCGUGGUAAUGCUCAGGGACCCUCUUUUUUUAAAACCCAAACCAGGAUUCUUUAUUUUUUUGGUUUGUUUAAGAUGUGUUUUUUUUUUACUAUUCAGUACAUGCAUGAAUGUCUCAUAUACUGAAAUUAAAGUUGUCGAGAGUGAUUGGAUGUCCACUAAAGGGAAAGAGUCAUGUCCACUACAGUAACUUCCUUAUUCAGGCCAUUCCAGAUGAAGAUUUGAUAGGUCAUGUUUAUCUGUACAUAUUGGCAUGCCCUGAUGUAAAUAGUGUAUGUGUUUGAUUUCAUUUUUAUAUCAUUUGCCUUAACCGCACUGACCAGAAAUUGUGGUUUUGUUUUUGUCACAAAAAAGAGAGCACAGGAUGUUCACUCAUUUGUCACGAAUGCUUUGCUGCAUACAGUUAUUUCAUUUCUCCUCGUCAUUGGCCAAAGAAUAAAACCCAAAAAGUAUUAAAGUAUGCUGAUUUUUAACCUUUUUGUAACAGAACUACACACAGCACAACCAGUCAUUUUAAAAUAUAAUGGCUUUUUUGUAGUUCUUUUGCAAGCGAUUUGUAGGGUAAGAGUUUGACAGAAGGUACGUAAUUUUAGAGGGUGUAUGUAGGAUAAAAUCAUGUAUGGCAUAUCAAACCAGUCACAAGUGCCAAAACCAGCUUGCAUGCAAUAAAGUCUUAAUAUAAUUUUCUUUGUAUUAAACGUUUAAGGUAAUUUGUUAAUUGCAGCAUUUGCAUCAUUUUGUGUUGUAUUGUGCUGUUGUAUUUGUAACAUUGUAGCACUUCGCUUUACAUGCUUUUGCACUUGACAAAGUCAAAUAAAGAGUCUGACAGCUGAGA